GUAAAACGUUGCCUCAUCAGAACCAGUAUUGUAAGGACAUUCAUACAGAGCAGUUGUGAAUAAAAAAACCUUGUAGAGAAAAAUAUACAAUGGGUUCAACGACAAUCGUGCUGGCCAUUUUCGCCGUGGUCUUCAUUAUCGGCUACACGGAAGGCGCUACAGGCAGCUGUCCCCUGCCAUCUAAAAUCUACGGCUGCAGCCCAAAAUGUCAACAGAACUAUGACUGUAGCAAUGGCAAGGUGUGCUGUCCGAAUUCCUGUAACUCGAAGUCCUGCGUAGAUCUUGCUGCUGUUGGUGGCGCAAACAACGGAAAGGACAAGUAUUCUCAGUCUGGUGGCGCUGGCGUGUAUUGCAACAACCAGAAAUGCAGUCCUUUCGAAGUUUGCAAGCUUGAUCCAUCUACCAAGAGGAUGAAGUGCAUGCGUGCUUAAAAUAAAUAAUUACAUAUAUCCAAUUGCAAUCGAAGAAAGAGUAGAUAAAAGAUAAACAAACCUUAUAUUUACAAAUUCUAUGCGAUUCGCUAAUAACUCUGUUAUAUUAUCCGCUAACUAUAAAAAACAGAGAUUUUAUUGAUUAAUAUAUCUUUAUAUAUUAUACUUUAAUUUUACUUCUAAAGUUCUGAUGACCAUUACACCCGAUACUCAAAACUUCAUUUCUUCGCAAAUCCAUAAUGAUAAUACAUCAUAAAUAGAUUAUUCUAGAAUUUUGAUUUUGACAAUUGUAUGACGUCAAUUCCAUGUCAAAUUUGUUUAUUUGUCUUUAUUCCUCUUUUGGUUGGAAUAGAAUGGGUAUAUUAUUAUGGAUAUAUAAUGGAUAUUUUAUUAAUGUGUGUAUGGGUAAUAGGAAUUCUAAUCCAUACUCAUUUUUAUAUGGUUGCCACGCCUUUGGAAUUCGAACAAAAAAUAAAUUAAAAAGUAAACUUUACAAAACAAGUAACAAAAUUAAACCAUUGAUUCCAUAGAAGUAAUAUUUUAUGCUAUCGAUCAAAUUAUCGCUUUCAGUUAAUCCUGAAAGGAAUGGAGCAAAACAAGCGAUUUUUCUUGUGCUUAACACACAAAGAAACGAAACACUGUUGCUGCUCAUAUAUGCGAUUAAAGUGAAUCCUUUUACGUUAGUACAAUACAAUAUGGCUUAUCUGGCAAUAUGGUUUUUCGUUAUAUUGUCAAAAAUCAGAUUUUGUAAAAAUAAACUUAAUAAUUAAAAAUUAAUAAUGAAAAUAAGGACAAUUGGAUGGAUUGUAAUUCAUGCUUUUCUAUUAAAUCGUUUCGUUUGUAUUAAGUAAAAUAAUAUAAGGUACUCAUUUUCUAUUUUUGUACUUCUAGAGCUAAUAAAUAUUAUAUGCAAUGCUUA